GCACUAAGCAAGUAAUACCAAUUUAAAAAUUUCUUUUUCAAACGGUGAAAAUGUGGACCGAAAUAGUCACGCUAUUAUGCGUUUUAUAUUCGAUGGAAGCGGUGUUUAUGAUCACGCUACCAUCGGUUGAAGUUGAGAAGAAACUAGAAGAAUUGGGCAAACGCAAGCCCUACCUUAUGCAAUCUCCAAACCAUGCAUCAUCAACGUUGAAAAAUCUAACCGAUGUCGAAAAGGAACUCCAUGGACAAGCUAACGAAGCAAAAAAUCUAGUCGAUUUGGCUGAAUCUCUCAAUUUGACUACUCUUGUUAAAGCAUUGGAACAAACAGGCUUAGAUAAUAUCAUCGAUCAUGAAGGAAAAUAUACUCUAUUUGCACCAACAAAUGAAGCAUUUCUCAACAUACCCAAGUGGGCAAAAGACAUUCCGUUGAAAGAGCUUCUUAGUUUUCAUAUAGCUCGUGGCCUCAUCCACUCAAGUGAUAUUCACAAUGACCUAUUGGCUCGUUCCAUUCUGUCCAAACGGGAUAUUCGCCUCAAUAUUUACAAGAAUGGAGGUGUUGUUACUGCUAAUGGCAGUCCCAUUACUUCGGCGGACUAUACCGCCCACAACGGUGUUCUUCACAUCAUUGAUCGUGUGGUAGUAUCCAUCUACCAGAGAGGUGGUACGAUUGUAAAACAAUUGGCAAGGUGUUCUGCCUUCAAGUCUUUGACCAAGCUAAUUGCUAUUGCUGGACUAAAUGAUGCAUUGCACGCUAAAGGACCUUUCACCCUGUUUGCCCCGUCUGACGAGGCUUUUGCCAAAGUGCCUGCUGAUUGCAUGAAGCAUUUGGUAGAUAAUCCAGAGAUGCUCCGCCAAGUGCUGGUUUAUCACGUCGCCCAUGGAAGCUGGUUUAGCGCUGGUCUUGAAGACGGCAUGUCAUUGGACUCGUUGCAAGAUUCUAAGCUGUCUGUCACCAUUAAAGAAGGUUCUGUUGUUAUUGGCGAUAAAGCUAAGGUGACAGCCCCCGAUGCCAUUGGCAGCAAUGGCGUCAUCCAUUCAAUCGACACGGUGCUUAUACCUCCAUCGGUUGAAAAACAAUUAGCCAAGAUUAUGGCAAAGACAGCCAAAAAACAAAAGAAACUCAUUGGAUCUAACAAAGAUUAAAGUUCAAUGAAUGUGUACUGUACAGUUAAUAUUCCUCAAUUUCUAUAUCGGCUUUUCUCGUUACAGUACACCGAACGUUUAUAGUCUUUUCAUCUCAGGCCUUAUAGCUUCUGCGAUAUCUUGAAUCUGGUAGAAUACACAGUUGAACGACUUAA